AUGGAUAAAAGUUUGAUAAAUCAGCAUAGGUUGCAUCCAGAAUAUAUAGAAGGGGUUAAGGAAUUUGUUAAACUUGCUUGCCAAAAUAAUCUUCUAUCCAAUGAAGUCACAUGUCCAUAUAAAUGGUGUCGGAAUGUCAAACUAGGAAAGAAAGACCUUUUGGGAGAACAUUUAAUGGUCAAUGGGUUUCUUCCAAGCUACACCAGAUGGAUUUUUCACGGGGAAGAUUUAUCGGUGUCUAUGUCAUUGAAUGAGAAUGUCAGUGAUUCGAAUGAUGGCGAUGAAGUCAAUGAAAUGAUAUAUGAGGGGUUCGGACUUCCUCCACCAAGCUUGGUUCAUCUUGCUAGUAAUAAGACUGGAAGUUCUAAUAUUGAACCAGGCCCGGAUAAGAAAACUGAAAGAUUUUUCAGUUUAUUGAAGGAGGCCGAAAGAGAGUUGUAUCCAGAGUGUCACAAGUUUUCAACGCUCUCAUUUGUUGUUCGAUUAUUGCAUAUCAAGUGCCUUAAUGGAUGGAGCAACAAGUCUUUCACGAUGUUGCUUAAACUUUUGAAGGAUGCAUUUCCAAAAGGUGAAACUUUGCCAAAGUCGUUCUAUGCAACGAGGGCACUCCUUAGGAAAUUAGGCCUCGAUUAUCACAAGGUACAUGCAUGCCCAAGAGAUUGCUCACUGUAUUGGAAGGAGACAGCUAGUAGGGAUGAUUGUAUAGUGUGUCAGACGCCUAGAUACAAACAGUUUGAGUGUGAGAAGAAUGAUUAUAAAAAGAAGCAACAAAGAAUUCCACAAAAGAUUGUGAGAUACUUUCCUUUGAUUCCAAGGCUUCAAAGAUUGUUCAUGUCAUCCAAAACUGCUUCAUUAAUGAGAUGGCAUGUAGAGGGCCGAAUUGAUGACAGCAAAAUGAGGCAUCCUGCUGACUCUCCUGUCUGGAAAAAUUUUGAUACUUUGUAUCCCAAGUUUGCGAGUGAGCCUCGCAACGUCAGACUAGGUUUAGCAGCGGAUGGAUUUAAUCCAUUCAAGGCAAUGAAUGUUGCUCACAGCAGUUGGCCAGUUAUUGUGAUGCCUUAUAAUUUGCCACCGUGGUUGUACAUGAAACAACCUCAUAUUAUGAUGAUAUUGCUCAUUGAUGGUCCUUCUUCACCUGGCAAUAACAUUGAUGUCUACUUGCGCUUGUUAGUGGAUGAAUUGAAUGAAUUGUGGGAAAAUGGUGUUCAGACAAACGAUGUAGAAACUAAUCAAAUGUUCUAA